AUGAGCUCUACAUCUUUUGGUAGCGCAAACGCGGGGUUUCAGCUUGUAAAUAAUCAUGGGACAAUCAACCUUUCAUCCGACCAACCGGAUCACUCACAGCAGAGGACAGACAACGACGCAGAGCUGCUCAGGUCACUGGCAUUCCGACAGAUGCUAGAUCGGAGGGACAAUAUCGAGCCAUGUCACACUAAUACCUGCCAAUGGAUUUUGGAGCUGGACAAGUACCAGUCGUGGAGAAAUCAGUCUUGUGGUCUAUUAUGGAUUAAGGGCAAGCCGGGUGCAGGUAAAUCGACUUUGAUGGCUUUCCUGCACGACAGACUCAAAGAAUCACUAGACGGCAGCCCGGGUAUUAUUCGACUCAACUUUUUCUUUACCGCUCGAGGCACUGAGCUGCAGCGUACACCGCUAGGGAUGCUGAGAUCAUUACUGAACCAAAUUUUUGACCUCGACGUGACCAUACGCCCUCUGGUGCGCGAGGUUUAUAACCAAAGAUGUAGGCUGUUUGGAUACGGGGAACGCCAGUGGGAAUGGCCACAAGCAAUUCUGGAGGAGUUGUUGGCAAGUUCCAUUCUAUCAUCAGCCAACAAACAGCAUGUGACUAUAUUUGUGGAUGCUCUGGAUGAGGCCGGGUCUGAAACCGCUCAGCAGCUAGCAUUAUAUUUCCAUCGGCUUGUUGACCGCGCUAAAAAGAAGAAGUUAGCCCUCCAAGUCUGUAUCUCAUGUCGACACUACCCUAUCAUGGAAAGCGCUCGGGCCAUGGAGAUACAUGUCGAAGAUCAUAAUCAAGACGAUAUUGCUAUAUAUAUGAAGGACACGCUUCUUGGUAUGGAGGCUGGAGAUGAUCAUAGUCAAGAGAUGAGAGACGUGCUGGUAGAGGGAUUGAUCCAGGAUGCCAAUGGGGUAGAAUCCUCGAGAGGGGAGUCGAUUGACGAUAUUCGUUCUUGGCUGCGCGAGGUUCCAGCCGGCCUGGAAGAUGUCUAUGUUUAUAUUCUGAAUAACGUGAUCGCGGCUCGGAAUCGGGAUCAGUCAUUCCUGUUCUUUCAAUGGGUGUGUUUGGCCGAACGACCCUUGACUGUUACAGAAAUGCGAUAUGCAUUGGCGGCUGAGGAUGCCAAGAAAAUUCCUUUUCCAAGGGAAUGGGAGAAGGUCCAGGGCUUUGUCGAAAGCAAUGAACGCAUGGAACGAAGAAUCAAGACGCUUGCUGGUGGACUAGCUGAAUUAGUCUCAGGUCGUGAUCAUGAGAAGACUGUACAGGUAGUACACCAGUCAGUCAAUGAUUUUUUGCGCACAAAAGGACUGGCCCUAUUAUUCACCAGCAUCAGCACUAGCACAAAAUCUUUUAACAUGACCAACAUUCUUUUUCAAUGCCAGGCAAGUCUCUACAAAUCCUGUCUGGUAUAUCUUGCUGUCGUGUCUUCAAAUAGAAAGAUGAGUGAUUUAGGACCAGAAUAUGGCCUUGAUGGGCGUCACCCAUUUCUAAAAUACACAACUACCAACCUGUUUGUUCAUGCCGAAAAGGCUGGUGACGCUCGAGCUGGCUUUCUGAAGAAUGAAAUAGACAUUCUUAAAGAAAUCAUCAGUCCUUGGGGUCAGAUCUAUCAGUAUCUUCACGGGCUUGACAAGGAAUGCCCAGCUAUGGGUACAACAGUAUUACAUAUGGCUGCUGCUGCCAACUUGACUGAUCUCAUAGAAUCGUUGUUGUCAGGCGGUGAGGAUAUAGGGAGGAAAGACGAGAGUGGAAAUACAGCGUUGCAUUUCGCAGCACGAGCGGGACACUUGACGGUCGGCAAAAUGCUUCAAGAGAGAGGAGCAAGCCACGAAACAAAAAACAAUAAAAGCGCAACACCUUUGAUAGAGGCGGCCAGCUGUGGACAUUCUGGGUUUGUCGAAUGGCUUCUAAAUGAGGGUGUGGAACUUGAGACAGGAGAUGGCGGUGCGCUACAAGCAGCUUCCUUCACUGGACAUAACGCGAUUGUGGAAACACUGAUCGGAGCUGGAGCAAAAGUCAAUGCCCAGGGUGGUCAUCAUGGCAAUGCACUUCAAGCUGCUGCAAAGGGAGGAAAUGCUGAGACAGUCAAGAUCCUGCUCGAUGCUCAAGCCGAUGUCCAUGCCCGGGGUGGUGAAUACGGUAAUGCACUACAGGCUGCUGCUGCUGCAUAUCGAGGAAGUGCUGAGACAGUCAAGAUCCUGCUCGAUGCUCAAGCCGAUGUCAAUGCUCAGGGUGGUAUAUUCGGCAAUGCACUACAGGCCGCUGCAUAUCGAGGAAGUGCUGAGACAGUCAAGAUCCUGCUCGAUGCUCAAGCCGAUGUGAAUACUCAGGGUGGUAAAUUCGGCAAUGCACUACAGGCCGCUGCAUAUGAUGGGAGUGCUGAGACAGUUAAGAUCCUGCUCGAUGCUCAAGCCGAUGUCCAUGCUCAGGGUGGUGAAUUCGGCAAUGCACUACAGGCCGCUGCAUAUGAUGGAAGUGCUGAGACAGUUAAGAUCCUGCUUAACGCUCAAGCCGAUGUCAAUGCUCAGGGUGGUAAAUUCGGCAAUGCACUACAGGCCGCUGCAUAUCGAGGAAGUGCUGAGACAGUUAAGAUCCUGCUUAACGCUCAAGCCGAUGUCAAUACUCAGGGUGGUAAAUUCGGCAAUGCACUACAGGCCGCUGCAUAUCGAGGAAGUGCUGAGAAAGUCAAGAUCCUGCUCGAUGCCAAGGCCGAUGUCAACGCCCAGGGUGGUCAAUACGGCAAUGCCCUCCAGGCCGCUGCUACUGCAUAUGCUGGAAGUGCUGAGACAGUUAAGAUCCUGCUCGAUGCCCAUGCCGAUGUCAACGCCCAGGGUGGUGAAUACGGCAAUGCUCUACAGGCCGCUGCAUUGCGUGGAGGUGCUGAGAAAGUCAAGAUCCUGCUCGAUGCUCAAGCUGAUGUCCAUGCUCAGGGCGGUGAAUACGGCAAUGCACUACAGGCCGCUGCAUAUCAAGGAAGUGCUGAGACAGUCAAGAUCCUGCUCGAUGCUCAAGCCGAUGUCAAUGCUCAGGGUGGUAUAUUCGGCAAUGCACUACAGGCCGCUGCAUAUCGAGGAAGUGCUGAGAAAGUCAAAAUCCUGCUCGGCGCUCAAGCCGAUGUCAAUACUCAGGGUGGUAAAUUCGGCAAUGCACUACAGGCCGCUGCAUAUCGAGGAAGUGCUGAGAAAGUCAAGAUCCUGCUCGAUGCCAAGGCCGAUGUCAACGCCCAGGGUGGUCAAUACGGCAAUGCCCUCCAGGCCGCUGCUACUGCAUAUGCUGGAAGUGCUGAGACAGUUAAGAUCCUGCUCGAUGCCCAUGCCGAUGUCAACGCCCAGGGUGGUGAAUACGGCAAUGCUCUACAGGCCGCUGCAUUGCGUGGAGGUGCUGAGAAAGUCAAGAUCCUGCUCGAUGCUCAAGCUGAUGUCCAUGCUCAGGGCGGUGAAUACGGCAAUGCACUACAGGCCGCUGCAUAUCAAGGAAGUGCUGAGACAGUCAAGAUCCUGCUCGAUGCUCAAGCCGAUGUCAAUGCUCAGGGUGGUAUAUUCGGCAAUGCACUACAGGCCGCUGCAUAUCGAGGAAGUGCUGAGACAGUCAAGAUCCUGCUCGGCGCUCAAGCCGAUGUCAAUACUCAGGGUGGUAUAUUCGGCAAUGCACUACAGGCCGCUGCAUAUCGAGGAAGUGCUGAGAAAGUCAAAAUCCUGCUCGGCGCUCAAGCCGAUGUCAAUGCCCGGGGCGGUAGAUACGGAUCACCUCUUUUAGCAGCCAUUCAUUCGGGCUAUACCAAUGCUAUUGAAAUUCUGCUUCACACUGGUGCAGAUGUUUUCCUCUCAGAUGAACUCGAUCACACUCCUCUUCACAUUGCAGCUUCAAGAGAUAUGGUCCAUGUUCUCUUUCGGUUUCCGCAACUUGCCUCACCUAUAAACCAGCAAAAUAGGCUCCUAGAAACCCCUCUUCAUCUAGCUAUCUGCCUCGGCCAUAUCAAACAGCUAUGGCAGGCAUGCCAUGGACUGGGCACUUGGACACAGAGGUUUGAUGCAGGAAAUACAUGA